AUGCGGGCCGGGGCUCAGCGCUUCCAGGGGCACUCGGGCGACCUGUCCGAGGAGAUGGUUGCGGCUCUCGAGGCCAAGGUCGCGGAAGUGGACGGCGACGGCGGCGGCUCGAUCACCGAGGACGUACUCGCGAGGCUUCGCGGCGCGAGGCCUUUUGCCGACUUCCCUGGCGACUCGCCGAAGGGAACUGCCCAGAAGAGCCCGCCUCGCGCUCCUCGUGUGCACGCGGUGCCAAUGGCCGUGGCACCUCCGCCACCGGCCGAGGAGUUCGCUGCCAUGAUGGAGACUGCCGGUCACCACCUCUUUGAGCUCCCAGCGGCACCGUCGCUGCUGCCGCCGCUGCUGCAGUGCCAGGGCACCCCGCGCGCCACGUGGGGUUGGGCCCAGAUCGCGUCGACCACAGGGUCGUUGGCCAGCGUGACCUCCGAGGUGCACGGGGCGCGAGUGCAGACAGGUUGCAAGGCCCACAGUAAGGGAGCGCGGGUUUUGAAGUGCUGA